AUGCCUGCUACCGACACUCCUCGAGAAUCUGCCGUCUCUACUCACACACUUCCAGCCCUCCCAUUCUCCAUUUCAACGAUCUUACAGGGACCGCAAACAGUACAAGAACCAAUGAAGAACAUCAAGGAGUUAACAAAAGCGACCCAAAUGACAGUCGAUCAGGUUCAAAAGCAAUUUAAGUCUAACCACUUGAUUCAUUCGAUCGAAAAUUUGUUAGCACCGAGAACCAUGGUCCGAAAUACCAAUUUUAGCCGAAGAAGUUUUUCGCCCCCACUUCCAAUUCCAAUUGAGGAUGUCAGGAAAGAAGCUUUCGAUCCAGAGUAUUUGGAUCAUCUGGAAGACCAAUCUGUUAAAGGAUCUGUGGUGACAAUUGAGAAUUCUAAUCAGUUGCGUCACUCGAUUGUGAAUUUGUUGGCACCGAGAAUCAAUGUUACUGUCCCAAAUUCCAGUGCCUGCCGCAUAAAGUUUUCCGGAAGCCAGCAUCAUUCUCAAUCGUUUGCCAACAGUUUUUCGACUCAUAAUUCAAUUCCACUUCCGAUUCCGAUUGAGGAUAUCAAGCAGGAGUCUGUAGACCCUGAAUAUCCAGAUUAUAUGGAUUACGAAUAUGUGAGAAAUUCUGAAAAUACAUUCGAGAAGUUUGAAGGCACUCCAGACACUCAGUGUAAACACCAUAACUCGUAUAAGGAGCUGGUCGAAUCGGGCGACGCCAGAAUCCGUCGCAACACUAUGGACGCGUUGCUGAGUGAUUAUGAUGUGAAUACAAAUGGAAGACGAUUUGAAUACAGAAUGGAUGGAACGGAAUCAUGUGAAAAUCACGUUGGACAUAUCGAGACAGAAGCAAGUCUCCAGGUAUUCGAUUCUGACGUGAACAAUCCCCGAUCCGCGAGUUCCUCAAGUUCCUCAACUCUCAAGAGUUAUUCUUAUUACGCGUCCGACGAGGAAAUGGGAAGUGCUUCAGAUGCCGAAAGUCAAGAUUAUUCCAUCUUCGGACGUCCCACUUCCAAAUCAACCAUUUUGGGGCUUCCCUCUCCAGUUGCAAGCGAGGACUUCCGGAGCGUAUUCUCCGAUGAUGAUUUUCAUAUGGAUUUUGAAGUUAAGGAAGAGCCCUCAUGGGAAGUUAAGGAAGAGCCCUCCACUGACGAAGAACUGAUCGAUGGAAGCUAUUUUUGCCAGUCAAUCGCCAACGCCUUGCUUUCUUUUCCGGUCGUUCUCGACAGUAUCAAACAGAAGGUCGACGACCCGAAAUACUCGGAUGUUUCAUUCCAAAAAAUAAACACAGACUCGGAAGUGACGAUGAAGAAUUUGGGAGAUGAGAGCUGCUUGGAUACGAUCACAUGUGCAUCACACAAAGGUUCAAUUUCUCAGAAGGACAAACCAUCCAGCAGAAGCAGUUCUUCGUCGAAUCAUAUUGUCAUUCCACUUCCAGUCGCUCUGGCCGAUAUUAAGCAGGAAAUCAUUGACCCAGACUAUCCGGAUGAGCAAUAUAAUAAAUCGGUGUAUGAAUCUAAAAUGACGAUGGAGUCUAAAGAUCUGAACGGAAGAGGCCAACUCGGAGAAUCAUCUGAAAACGGAAAUCAAUCCGACGUCUACACUCAUGGCCUUUUUUCGGCCCUCCAGUCUCCAGUGUCAUCUGCGAAUCCGAAUACCAAUGAUUAUGAAGCUGCGCCAAACACACGUCUAGGACAAGAUGCAUCGGCGGAAGCUCCUUCAUUGUAA